AUGAAAUCUGUGGCUUUGGUUAUACUUGGCUGCAUCUCGCUUUCACUUUCUUACAAUCCACCAUUCUCAACAUUCGAGGAGACGAAGAAUGUCAAGGAAAACCCUUUCAAUCAACUCACAUCAGAAGAGUUCAAUCAAGCAUAUGAAUUUAUCUAUGACAAAUUCAAUCUCACCAGUUUGGAAGAUGCUGGCCCUGCUGAUAACUACGUCGAACUCCUCACACUCAACUCACCAAAGAAAUAUGAAACAUUAGAAUACUUGAACUUCAACGGUUCCAAACCAGAUAGAUAUGCUAAAGCUAUCAUUGUACACGGUUCGGAAAGCGACCCUUCCAUCAGGUCAUACACCGUUGGCCCACUUAAUCAAGACAACGUCCAGGUACACUCAACCAACACUCCACCUAUCCCUCACAAUAGCCGCAGAACCAAGGCACACAAGGAUAAAAUGUUAGAGAAGGUUUUCGUGUAUUAUGCUCUCGCCCCAAUUUCAGCGAUAAUUGAAGACUUGCUUGGCAAGCCAUGGAGCUUGGAAGAGUACAUGUACUUAGAUGAGCGCCUCAACCUUGACAGCGAUAAGCGUCUGAGAUGGUUAGAGCUUUCACAAACCCCAGAAGAUUCUGCCUUCUGGGGUGGCUUCACUGGAUUCCACAUUUUAAUAGAUAUCUCUGGUCAAAAGUUCUCUGAAUGGAGUGUUUUAAAGAUCGUGUACGGCGAUAAAGUGUGGAGAAGCUUGAAAUCUUUCGCAGAAGACUAUGAGAAAGGCGAAGUUGCGAAUUUCAUCCCUCAAUUCACCGAAAAAGAUUUAGCACACUGGUCACGACGUCGCCCUGAUGUACCAGUCAGAGAUCUCGAGGAACGUCCUGCGCCUAUCAGUUUGUCAAAACAGGGGCUCAGAUACAGGCUUGAUGAUAAGCAGAACCACGUUUCAUGGCUCAAUUGGGACUUUUUUUUCGCUCACAACCCAGAGACUGGUGUUAGCAUCCACGACUUGCGCUUUAAUAGUGUUAGAAUAGCGUACGAAAUUAGUCUACAAGAAGCAGUAUCUCAUUACUCAGCAAAUACUCCUACAAAUGCAAAUUCUUUUCUCCUUGAUAGAGGUAUCGGGUUGGGUGAGAAGCUCACUCCUCUUCUCAAAGGCUAUGACUGUGCCGACGAAGCCACAUAUUUAGCAACGCACUAUUGGAAUGGUACACAUGAUGUUACAACUCCCAACUCUAUUUGCAUCUUCGAGAUGCCUCUUCUCCAGCCAAUUUCUAGGCAUUAUGGAGUGAACGACGCCUCUUCUAACAAAGCCUCAAAACUGGUCAUCAGAAGCAUAAGCACACCUGGAAACUAUGAUUAUAUGAUAGACUAUGCACUCAUGCCGGACGGUACAAUUGAAGCAUCAGCAUCAGCCUCCGGCUAUCUUCUUCAGACACACAGCUCGAGGGGUGGCGAUAAGUUUGGCACUCAAGUCUCUGAUACAACCUUCGGAAACAUUCACGACCACGUUAUCCUAUUCAAAUUCGACUUGGACAUUCUCGGUGAGAGCAACACCUUGGUGGAAAAGUCCAUAGACGUACAAAAUACAAAAUUCUUUUGGCAAGAUGAGGAUGAAGAUGCUUAUGAGUCCAAGGUGAUCAACACAUCUAACAUAGAACAAGAGAAAGGUAUGAAUUGGUCAAACAACUACGAUCACUGGCUGCUCCUUUCGAACCUGGAUAAGAAAACUCAGUAUGGCUAUAAUCCAGCCUAUCGUAUAAUGCCAUCAACUCCCGUUAUCCAUGAUACGCCAGACACACAGUCACGUAUGAAGCGGAAUGCUGUGUUCAGUAGACAGCACGUCUACGUGACCAAAUACAACGAGGAUGAAGAGAGUGCUAGCUCGAUGUAUAACAUGAACCUACCAAACAAUCCACCUGUCGAUUUCAAUACAUUCUUAAAUGAUGAGAAUAUCGUACAAGAAGACUUAGUUCUUUGGGCAAAUGUUGGAAUGCAUCAUCUUCCAAGGGCAAGCGAUGUUCCAAGCACGCUAUUCUUGGAGACCAAAUCAGGCAUCAUGCUGUCACCUUUCAACUACGGCAACGAGGAGCUUUCUAGGGACUUGACUAAUGCAAUAUAUGCAUCUAUAGAUAAAGUUACGGAUAAAGUUACUUCUUUUGAAGUCUAUAAUGGCGAGGAAAGCUGUGUUAUAGAUCCAUUCUGA